AUGGUUGUUCUUGAGUCUGUAUUUCUCAAAAAUGUCAUCUUAUAUAUACCAACAAUAGAAGACGUCUUCCAAUUUAUCUUGAUAAACAACAAGUGUUUAUCUUCUGUCAAAUCGAUGUAUGUGAACUCAUACAAACUUUCUUUGAAGUCUCCAAUUGAAAAGAUCCUACUUUUUUUCCCAAAUAUAGAAACACUAUAUUUUAACUCAUACUCAACACGAAUGAAGAAAAUAGACACAAAUUCCAUUCCAAUAGUCGAAAUGAACUUGCAGUCGUAUUCUUCGGGUGUUUCUCAGUUGUUUAAGACAAAGUGGUUUCCUCCCAAAAUCCGCAAGAUGCGCAUUAUAGCACAAGAGAUGGAAAUGGUCUACACCAAUUACACUGCAUUUGAGCAGUUAAAAGAACUUGUGAUCACAUGCAGUUCCGUGUCUUCUGACAACACUCCUUAUGAGAGAAUUAUAUGUCACGACACACUACAGAAAGUCACUUUUGUCUUGACACUAGCAGGUGUACCUUACAUUGUCAAACUUGACUUUAAAAAAAUGAAAAACACCAAAUUUGUGAUUAUCUUAACACCGCAAUCUUUCAGUGAUGACUACGUUGAUCUCUCGACACUUUCUAAUCUGCCAGAAAAUGUUACUGUUUACACGACAUUUUUAUACAACAAUUUGAAACACACUGAAUUUAUUGGAGAUGGACUUGACUUGUGGAAGUCUGUAAUUCCAAAUCAGUUGAUGGUACUACAAGACUUCAGUGGUGAUGUUAGUGUUAUUGAGGAGAAGAUGCGAUUGAGUCUUGUCACCAAAGUUCACGUCUUUGGCUUCAAAGAGAAUUUUUCUUCGGCGUUUUACACCGAACACAUCAAAAUUAAUAACGCUAAUAUUAACUUAGAAACGUGCGACUGCAUUAAAGAAAUUGAAAUACUUCGUUGCGACAUCGACGAAUUAAUUCUGCCAACAAAUGUCGAAGUUAUCAAAAUAAAUGAAGUGACUGGGAAUGUUGUGAGUAAACAGUGCGCACCUAGAGAAAUUAUUGUGAGUAAUUACACUGGAACUGUCAUUAAAUUUUCAGAAAAAAAGUUGAGAAAUUUGAAUUUGCAACAAGUAAAUGACACUGUCGAAAUUGUGGGAAAGAUGACUGAAAGCAAUGCAAAUUUGAUCGAUGUCAACAUGAAGUAUAAUAUGUUGUUUUCAGAAAAUAAUGUGAAGAAAUUUGUAUUGAAAAAAGACGACGUCGUGUCAAAAGAAUUUGCAGCAAAAUUCUUGUUUGUGACUCAAAAAGAAAUUUCUUUUGGUGAUUUUUUGGAAGACGUCGAUUUCUCUGUGUUGGAUUUUGAUAAUUUAGACAUUAGUUUGAAUGAACAAAAUUUGGCUUUAGUUUCUAUUAAAUUUGGGGAUGUGAAGAAAAUUGAUUUUAAUAGAGGAAAAUUUAAAAGAAUUGAAAUUAGUAACGUCGAUUGUGUCGAAUUUAUGGAGUGCGAGGUAGAAAGUUUAAUAAUGAAAACAGCGAAGAUGUUUAAUUUCAAAAAAACAAAAUUUAAUAAAGUCGAGGCGGAUAAAAUCGAGAAAAUGUCGGGAAUGAAAAAAUCAAUUGAAACUUUUAUUUUGAAGAAUAAAUAA